AUGAUUUCAAUUUAUAGUCCAUUAAUUAUAGAUGCCUAUAUCAUUAAUAAAAACUAUUUAAGGCUCAAAAAGAUGGCACAUCCUAUUAUUUAUUUUGACAGCAUAAAACUUAUCUUUUUCUGA